CCCCCACCCAAACAUCCCAUCUCCCCAUCCCAUACACCCCAUCCAGCCAUCCAGUACCCCCUCUCCCACUCCAUUUCACCUCGCACCCCCCACACAACUGUCCUUCCACGUCCACUCCUCCAUCCACUCCAACCUGUCUAUCAUUCUGAACUCCCCCUCCCCCACCACUCCUCCCCUCCCCACCCCCCUUUGUUCUAUUCCGGCUCUUUACACUCUGAUGGAAAAACUAAUUUUGAACAAACUUUUCCGCCCCCAGCUGGGAAAAGCGCCUUUAUCCCCUGGCGCUGCCCAGCCCCCAUGGGGGUGGGGGGGAUCAUGCUCCAAUGGGGGUCUAACCACUAGACCCCACUCCCCUCCCAGAGACAAAACCCAGGAAUCCUGGCUCCUAGUCCACGGCUCUAAUCACUAGGCCCCAUUCCCCUCCAGAGACAGAACCUAAGAAUCUGGCUCCCAGCCCCUCGCUUUAACCACUAGGCCACACUCCCCUCCCAGAGACAAAACCCAGGAGUCCUGGCUCCCAGGCCCCCUGCUCUAACCACUAGACCCCACUCCCCAUCUACCCCCUGAAGCCCCUGUGCUUUGGACUCCUAGACACCAGCGCCUGCGAACUUCUGUCCUUCCCCACUGGUGAAUCCCCACCAGGGGAGGGGUGCAAUAAAAAGGCUAGGACAUCCCUCCCUGCCCCCAGGAAUCCCACCCACUCCCCACAGCCAGGGGCCUCCAGGCUUAGGGCUCCUGGCCAGAAGCUCCUGGCCGCAGGGCUGCAGUCCAAGGGGAGGGCAGUAUGGGGCCCAGGACACGCGGAGGGCUGGCAGGGAGCCCGGCCUGCCCAGACUCGGCUAUAAUUAACCCCUGGGAUUGGGGCCAAUGCUCCCCUGCGGCUACCCCGUCUCCAGGCCUCGGGAAGGGUCGUCCCACAGCCCACCCCACAGCGGGCCCCAGCAGGCGCUCCCGGCGCGAUGUGGCCAGGCGAGGGGCCGGAGCCGGCUGAGGGGCCAGGCGAGGAGGGCAACACACCCGAGCCACGCUGGAAGCUGCGGAGUGAGUGCCACGCCCGGCAGUUCUUCGAGGCGGCAUUGGAGCUGCGCGGGCAGGGCCAGCUGGUGGACAUGACGGUGAUGGCCGGCACCCAGUGGUACCAGGCCCACGGUGUGGUGCUGGCUGCCGUCAGUGCCUUCUUCUGCCAGCGGCUGGUGUGCGGGGCCGCCGGGGAAGUGGACGUGAGCCCACUGGCCACGCCGCGCGGCUGGGAGGCUGUUCUGGAUUUCGCCUAUACCGGGGCCUUCACUGCCAUGCCGGGCACGGCCGGGGAGCUGGUGGCUGCAGCUCAGGCCCUGGGUGCGCCACGGGUGGUGGAGAUCUGCCGGAGGAUGGGGGACGGGCUGGAGGGGCCAGAGGGCAGGAGCCCAGAUGAGGAGCAGUGGGAGACGCUGCAGGGCAUGGAGGAGCUGUUCCGAGCCGGGGUGGGCUGUGACCUGGCGCUGACCACUGAAGGAGAGACCUUCCGAGCUCACCGGGUCGCGCUGAGCUGCGGCUGCGAGUACUUCCGGGCCAUGUUCUGCAGCGGGAUGCGGGAGGCCCGCCAGGGGGCCGACCCCCUGCCCACGCUCAUGGCCCCGACCGACCUGCGCCUGCUGCUGCCCUUCGCCUACUCGGGGACAGUGGCAGGUAGCUGGGCUGAACUCCUGGGCGCGGCUGAGACCGCCCUGCAGUACCAGGCCUCGGGGCUGCUGGCGCUCUGCCUGGAGGCCCUGCAACGGGCGUUGAGCCCGGCCCGCAGCCUGGACCUGCUGGCCUUCGCCCGUGCCUAUGACCUGCGCUCAUUGGGCACUGCCGCCCAGGCCUAUGCCCUGGCCAACUUCGACGGGGUGGCCCGGUGCCCUGGCUUCCCGGCCCUGCCGCUGGCCGAGCUGCUGGCCCUGCUGGGCUCAGACGAGCUCUAUGUGGCCAGUGAGGUGGAGGCCUUCGAAGCUGCCCUGCGCUGGCUGGACGCCGACCGCACCUGCCGCCUGCCCCAUGCCGAGGCCAUCCUGGCCCGAGUCCGCUUCUCCUUGAUGGGCACAUGGGAGCUGCGCCGGGUGCGAGCCGCGGACCUGCUGGCACCGCCGGGCCGGCUCUACCAGCUGCUGGUGGCGGCGGUGGCGGAUGAGGGGCCCUGCCGCGUGCGCACCCCGGCCGCGGCCCUGGUGAUCUGUGGGGGCGAGGGGCUGGCGCUCAGCCUAGCUACCCGCCGCCCCACCCGGGAGCUGUGGUUUGCCCACCGGUUCCGCAGCGGUGUGGGGCUGGUCAAGCAGGUGGAGUGGAGGCGGCUAGGCCAGUUCCCGGACGGGCCACGGUUCCGCCACGCUGCCGCGGUGCUGGGCAACAUGCUCUAUGUGCUGGGCGGGAAGCACUACUACGGGGUGCGGGACACGCUGGCCACGGCCUUCCGGUACGACCCCGCACAGGACUCCUGGCAGCGCCUGGCCGACAUGCCCAGCGCCCGCAGCUCCUUCCCGGCCGUGGGGGUGGCCGGGCGGAUUUACGCCCUGGGGGGUAGCUCUGAGGACGCCUACUGCACGGAUGGGGUGCAGUGCUACGACCCUCCUGCCGACGCCUGGAGGCCGUGCUCCCCCCUGCCAGCCCCGCUCUGCGGCCAUGCUGCCUGCACCUUGGACGGCGCCAUCUACGUUUCAGGGGGCUGCGACGGCUCAAGCGAGUGCCGGACCUGGCUGCUGCGGCUGUGCCCGGGGGGCCCCUCGGCCCAGCUGGCCCCCAUGCUGGAGGAACGGGCUGGCCACAUCAUGGAGGCACUGGGGGAGCGACUCUAUGUGGCCGGGGGCCUGCGCUGGCACGACGGGGGCUACACCGACCAGCUUGCCUGCGAGGUCUACAGCCCCGGCCCGGAUGCCUGGGUCCGUCUGAGCCCGCUGCCCCAGGCCCACGUGGGGGGUGCCUCGGCCGUCCUGCAGGGGGAGCUAUAUGUGCUGGGCGGUUACAGCCAGGAGACCUACCGGGACACCCACCUGGUGCACGCCUACCAGCCAGCGCAGGGGCGCUGGCUGAUGCUGGGCACCCUGCCCCAGGCCUGUGCUGACCUGCGGGCCUGCGUCCUACUGCUGCCGCCCGCCCUGCGGGGGGACCCGGCUUGCCUGAUGCCCCCCCAUGGAACCAGGCAGCCCCUGGCACCUCCACACAGGAUGGGGACCCUGCCCCCCACCGAAUGGGGGACCCCUCUGAGUCCCACAUGGGACAAGAACCCCGCCUCUGAUAUCCCCCUUUGACUCCCCCACAGAACAGAGGACCCCUCUGAGCCCCCCAUGGGAUGAGACCCUCCCCUGAUCCCUCCACAGGACCUGGCAGCCCCGGGCACCUCCGCACAGGAGGGAGAACCUGUCUCCCAUAGAACAGGGGUGCCCCCAUGGGACAGGUGAGCCCCCAACACCCCUCAGCGGUAUAGGGGAGCCCGGUUUCUCCACAUGGGGUGGGGGAGCCCCUCUGACAAGGACCUGACACCUCUCCUUGGGACCCCCCAUGAGACAGGGCCUCCCUCGGACACUCCCCGCGGUCCCCUGAGGAGGAGGAGGGGAGGGGGCCAGGUGGCUCCUGGGGCGCGAGUCGGGUCAAUAAAGAGGGUUCGGCUCAGCCCCCGCCUGGUCAUUCCCAACU